GACGGGAAAGCCACAUUUCUCUUUUCACCAUAUCCAUGUCAGUGUGCGUGAAAUAAAGUGUGAACAUUUCCCGUCGUUUGUUUGUUUGGUGUGGGAUCCGCAACAGUGAAAAGAGAAAUCUAGACAUUGGACAACUGAAUUCCCCUAAGACGACACCAUCUCCAUGUAAGAAACUACAAUAUGAGUGAAAGCAAGGAUCAAGAAAUCGAGAAGCUGCGACUCGCACGUAGGGCACGGAAGGGCGCUGUUACACGAGUGAUUGGGGUGAUAGAGCGUGCUAUAGCCGCGGAUGAACCAAAGACUGUCGACGCAAACGUUAGUAAGUUGAAAGAAGUGUUUACAAGCUUUGAAAACUGUCAUGAUGCGUAUCAUUCUCUACUUGAAACUGACUCUGACAUUGAAACCAGUGAAGCUUGGUUUUCUCAGGUACAAGAUAGCUACAUAAGAGGUAUUGGAGCAGGUGUUACUUACAUGAAAAGUCUAAAACCAGAAAGUGAAUCUGAACAAUUAUCUGAGCAAAAACUUAUCAAUUUACUUUCAUUACCAAAAGCAGAAAUAGACACAUUUUCUGGAAAUCCAUCUGAUUUCUAUAGCUUUUGUGCAGUAUUUGACGAAACUAUUGACAGCAAAAUUGAUGAUAAAAAUGUCAAGUUGACCAGGUUAUUGCAAUACACGUCUGGUGCUGCCAAAGAUGCAAUAAAAAAUUGUGUUCUAAUUGGUGAAUCGGGUUAUGAUAAAGCACGGGAAAUUUUGAAGGCCAGAUUUGGUAAUGAUCACUUAGUAGCCCAGCGAAUUAUUAAUGAUCUCAAAUCAGGCAAAAAUGUAAAUACGCCAGAUGAAUUACAAAAAUUGGCAGAUGAUUUGCAAGUUGCUAGUGUCACUUUGGAAAAGUUAGACAUGCUAAGUGAGGUUGAGAAUCAAAAAACAAUCUUAGAUAUUGUGAAAAGGUGUAGAGUAAAGAUAGUAGACAAAUGGCGACAUAAAGUAAACCUCACUCUACAGUUUGACCCACUAAGGUCAGGCUAA